AUGAGAAGAUAUCAAAACUGAAACUUUGAGAAGAAGACUGUGAUGACGCGAAAGAAGGUUGAAUCUCCGCCGCGUGAUCCUAAUGGAAUGUUUUCCGGUAUGGUUGUCUUCUUUGUCGGAACCGGAGUUAUGUCCCUCCGGCUACAGAUAUGGAAGAGGAAAUUGUUGCAAAUGGGGGCUAUAUUUAACGACCGGUUUACUGGAAAUGUAACUCAUGUUUUUGCAAAGGAUGCAAAUUUGCUUCUUGAGAAAUUUGAUAAAGAACUUCUGAUUCGCACCAAAGCUAAAUUUCUCUCGUAUCAGUGGCUAGAGGACAGCUUAAUACAAGGAGAAAAAGCAUCUGAGGAUCUGUAUGUCUUAUCCCUGCAAUCAGGAGGAGGAAAGUCCCUUAGUCCUAAAGCUGAUAAUGACGGUCAUUCUGAUAAUGACGGUCAUUCUAGAGUUGCACUAAAGAAAAGUCGAAUAUCUGCUGAAGAUGCCAAGAAUUCAUGCCCAAGACACGUUAAUGACAAUAAAGACCGUGUUGAUCCACGAGAUACUAAAAGUGCCUCUUUACUUGCAUCACACUCUUCAAGCCCAGAAGUGACAAGUCCAGAGGCCAUUCAUUCUCUUAAUAAGCCUGUUGGAACAUCAGACUCAUCUUCACUUUAUAAGCCUCCGGAUUUAAACCGAAAUAUCACUCAGAUAUUCGGGAAGCUUCUCAACAUAUAUAGAGCACUGGGUGAUGACCGGAGAUCAUUCAGCUAUUAUAAAGCUAUACCAGUUAUUGAGAAACUGCCAUUCAAAAUUGAGAGUGUGGACCAGGUUAAGCACCUACCUUCUAUUGGAAAGUCAAUGCAAGAUCAUAUUCAGGAGAUAGUGACCACAGGAAAGCUGUCCAAAUUGGAACACUUUGAGAAGGAUGAAAAGGUAAAAACAAUCAGCUUAUUUGGAGAGGUUUGGGGUGUUGGUCCAUCUACUGCCCUAAAACUUUAUGAGAAAGGACACCGAACUCUUGAUGACCUUAGAAAUGAGGAGUCACUGACUCGUUCUCAAAGGAUAGGGUUGAAAUAUUUUGAUGACAUCCAGACCAGGAUUCAACGGCAUGAGGUCAAAGAGAUGGAACGUUUGCUACAGAAAGUUGGAGAAGAAAUUUUGCCUGGUGUGAUUGUUGUGUGUGGAGGAUCAUAUAGACGUGGAAAGGCUUCUUGCGGUGAUAUGGAUAUUGUUAUUACUCAUCCUGAUAGAAAAAGUCAUGAAGGCUUUCUUCCCAAGUUUGUAAGACGUCUAAAGGAGAUCGAGUUUUUAAGAGAAGAUUUGGUCUUCACUGUUCAUAGCACAGAGGGUACAGAUUCAGGAGUUGACACAUAUUUUGGUCUCUGCACUUAUCCUGGUCGAGAACUGCGACAUCGUAUUGACUUGAAGGUGUAUCCAAGGGAUAUAUAUGCAUUUGGACUGAUAGCAUGGACGGGAAAUGACGUCUUGAAUAGAAGACUUAGAUUGUUAGCUGAAUCGAAGGGCUUCCUUUUGGAUGAUACAGGGCUAUAUCCAGCUACUCAUAGUUCUGCUGGAAAACGGACUAAAGGUAGUGCAAGCUUGAAGUUUGAAACUGAGAAGCAAGUGUUCGAAUUCCUUGGAUUUCCCGCGCUGGAACCAAAUGAAAGGAAUCUAUGAGAAUCUUGAACUGUGCCAAUUUUUGCUAGCUCUACGCGGGGACUUAGGACACUGGACUCGAAUCCAAGGGAGAUUCUGUUUUUUGAUCAAGCUGAUGUUUUGACUUCCAUGUCUGUAAUGUAUGGAACAAAAUGUUAUGUGAUUAAAGUAGUUGCUAGUAUGUAUAUAGGUGUAUGUAUCAAGGGCAUGUCUCAAUGUCGAAACACACACUAUGAAGAACAAGAGCAAAAAUGUGAAGUCCAGUCCCUAUGUUCGUUUUUUUGAAAACAAAAGUUUACAAAUGAUGUUUUUGCAAAACCUUUACAAGGGAGUUCAGCAGCAGUACAUGAAGCAUCACUAUUUUUUGCACA